GGAGCCUGAGCCGCGAGCGCGGUGCUGAGGCUCCGCGAGCGAAAAAAUGUCUGCCUGAGGGGAGCCCACAAGUUCUUCGCGGAGGGGGGGGGAGCGCACGGCUCGUCGCGUCCCACCCGGCGGAGCGCGGGGGCAGCAGAGGUGCUCGGCGAGCGACGGCGAUGAACUCCCAGCAGCAGAGGAUGGCCGCGAUCGGCACCGACAAGGAGCUGAGCGACUUGCUGGACUUCAGCGCGAUGUUUUCCCCACCUGUUAAUAGUGGGAAAACCAGACCAACUACACUGGGAAGCAGCCAGUUCAGUGGAUCAGGUAUGGAUGAGCGAACAGGUGCCACAUCGUGGGGAACAAGCGGUCAGCCAAGUCCUUCAUUUGAAUCUUCAAGGGAAAAUGGCAGUCUUCAUGGAAAAAGCUCAGAUCUCUCCACAGACAUAGAAAAGUUGAAACCUCAAGAGGGUUUUGCAGACAGUCCUCAUUACAGUGAUCACUUGAAUGACAGUCGAUUAGGGCCCCAUGAAGGAUUGUCCCCGACACCUUUCAUGAACUCAAAUCUGAUGGGAAAAGCCUCAGACAGAGGUCCGUUUCCAUUGUACGGUAGAGAUACGGGGUUACCAGGCUGCCAACCUAGUCUGCUUCGGUCAGAUUUGGGGCUUGGAAGUCCGGGUCAGCUGUCAUCCUCGGGAAAACCUGGAACACCCUACUACCCAUUUUCUGGCACAAAUCAGCGCCGAAGACCACUUCAUGAUUCACCAGCUCUUGAUCCUCUACAGACGAAGAAAGUAAGAAAGGUGCCCCCCGGUUUGCCUUCUUCUGUGUACGCACCAUCUCCGAGUUCUGAUGAUUUCAACAGAGAAUCUCCAAGUUACCCGUCUCCUAAGCCACCAAGCAGUAUGUUUGCUAGCACUUUCUUUAUGCAAGAUGGGACCCACAAUUCUUCUGACCUCUGGAGUUCAUCCAAUGGCAUGAGCCAGCCUGGCUAUGGUGGGAUGCUGGGAGGCUCUUCUUCCCACAUGUCCCAGUCCGGCAGUUACGGCGGCCUGCACGCACAUGACCGUUUGAGCUAUCCCCCACAUUCAGUCUCGCCUACAGAUAUAAAUGCCAGUCUUCCUCCAAUGUCUAGCUUCCAUCGGGGCAGUACCAGCAGUUCACCUUAUGUAGCUGCCUCACACACUCCACCUGUCAAUGGAUCAGAUAAUAUUCUGGGAAACAGAGGAAAUGGUGCUGGAAGCUCACAGACAGGUGAUGCACUUGGAAAGGCAUUGGCAUCUAUUUAUUCUCCUGAUCAUACCAGCAGUAGUUUUCCAUCAAAUCCAUCAACACCAGUUGGAUCGCCAUCGCCUCUUACAGAUGUGACUACAUAUACUGAACAUAAUCUGAAGAAGAAAGAACUCAGCAAUCUUUUUAUGGUGACACUGGCAGAAGGUGCCAGUCAGUGGUCUAGGAGUGGAGGACAAGCCCCCUCAUCUCCAAACUAUGAAAACUCUCUACACUCCUUGAAAAAUCGAGUUGAACAGCAACUUCACGAGCAUUUGCAAGAUGCAAUGUCCUUCUUAAAGGAUGUCUGUGAGCAGUCUCGAAUGGAGGAUCGCUUGGACAGGCUCGAUGAUGCCAUUCAUGUACUCCGAAAUCAUGCCGUGGGGCCUUCAACAAGCCUCUCCGGUGGCCACGGAGAUAUACAUAGUUUAUUGGGACCAUCCCACAAUGGGCCAAUUGGAAGCCUGAACUCAAGCUAUGGAGCAUCCAGCCUUGUAACAACCAGCAGACAGGCAUCGAUGGUUGGGACUCACCGGGAAGAAAGUGUCAGCCUCAACAGCAACCAUUCGGUUCUUCCCAGUACAGUUUCUGCUCAGAGCACAGAAUUAAAUCAUAAAACACAAGAAAGCUACAGAGCACUGUCGGGGGGCUUACAGAGCCAGUCUGUGGCUAUUGGUCCAACAGAAAUCAAGUCUGAACAUAAGGAGAAGGAUGAAAACAUCCAUGAACCCCCCUCAUCGGAUGACAUGAAAUCAGAUGAUGAGUCCUCCCAGAAGGAUAUCAAGGUCUCGUCUAGAGGCAGAACAAGCAGUACUAAUGAAGAUGAGGAUUUGAACCCAGAGCAGAAAAUAGAAAGAGAAAAGGAGAGGAGAAUGGCAAACAACGCUAGAGAACGCUUGCGUGUACGAGAUAUUAAUGAGGCAUUUAAAGAACUUGGCCGUAUGUGUCAGCUUCAUCUGAAAAGUGAAAAACCCCAGACGAAACUGCUUAUCCUUCACCAGGCUGUGGCCGUCAUCCUCAGCCUGGAGCAGCAAGUGAGAGAGCGAAACCUAAACCCUAAAGCAGCCUGCCUUAAGAGAAGGGAAGAAGAAAAAGUUUCUGCCGUAUCGGCAGAGCCGCCAACACCACACCCAGGAAGCCACCCUGGCCUGAGUGAAACUACCAACCCUAUGGGUCAUAUGUGAACACCAGCCAGAAUUCCAGAAUUAUUGGUAGGAUACACAGAAGGUGACCUUUCCUCACAAGGACACAGACAACUAACAUUGUAUGAAGACACAAACCUGACAGGAGAAAACACUUGAAGCAAGAAACCCAAAUGCAAUCUUAUGAUCAAAGCUACUGGUCAACACCUGCAUCAGGAUUGAAGAUACGAGAUCUUCAGACAGAAUUUCAGCCCGUGAAAUACUCUGAACAUAUCAUUCUGUUGCAAGCAGUGUGUCGCUUCUGCACAAUCAGAGACUGUUGUGAUCUCUCCACUCAUUGUGGAAGUUGCCUUGUGCCUAAACUGAAUUGACAAAUGCAUUGUAACUACAAAUUUUAUUUAUUGUUAAUGGAACUGUAAAGGUCUACAUAUAAAGGGAAAAGUUAACAUGUAAAAGCUGAGAAAACUUCAGCUGGAUGCCAGCAUUUACUAAAGCUGUUCACAUUCAGAGAACAAAGCAGUGACAACCGUCGACCCGUAGCAUUCCCAGCAUACCUAUUAGUGUCUUAAAAAAGGAAGGGAAAAGUCUCGUUGUCCUUUCCUCUCCUUUUGCCAUAUGACUAGUGUUUUCCAUGCAAUAGGAAACUAUUCCUUGGUAUAGCUUUUUUUUAUGUUAUUUUUGGUCUCUGGUAAUCUGAACAGUUAUGGUCAUAGUUCCCCUUCCAUGCUGAGCUCCUUGCUUCGAGCCGGUAAGAGGCCUCGCCAAGGCUGCGGGCAGGAGCCGUACUGUGGCCAUAACAUUUCUUGGAUUUAAAAAGUGAUUUUUAUUUUCCCUCAGUCUUUCCUCAAACGUUUUUUUUUUUCUAAUUAUAAACAAAACCUUUUUAGGCUUCUAGGCUUCAUAGUAAAGCUUGUAACGUGAAGUGUAAAUUGGGUGGGGAGAAUCUACUUUGUUAGAGUUGCUUUGUUUUCCGAGCAGUAAGUACUACAUAUAGUACAUGUAAAGUGUUAGCUGUACGUAAGCACAAAACGCAUUAAAAUACAAAGGAGAUUUUUUUUUCAGGCUGUAAUUGUGGUGAAUAGUAAAACCCGAAAUUCACCGUGGCAGGUAGUGUGAUGACAUAACCCCGGCGAGGUGGGCUUCCUUACAAUGGAAUAUAAAGAGCAAUGGUCACCGGUUUUUCCUUACUGUAUACAUUAAUUAUCUGUCAUUUUUGUAUGGCUUGUCAGUGGAGAGAAAAAUAGUGUGAAUCAAAUGCAAACAAGUGACCCCCUCCCAAGCCAUAUUAGCAUUAAAUGUUUCUCCACCGGAACAGCGUCCAUAAGUAUUCCUGCGUCAGAGAUGUGUUGGAAUGGUUAAAAUCCCUUGGAACUUCCAUGGAAAGCGUCUUCCACUGCAGUGACCAUGGGAGGGAAUUGCCUCAGCCAAGGCUGUCUGAGCUGUCGUUUCUAUAGCGCAUCUUUCCUCACCGGCAAUCGGUUCACACGUAAACCAGGAACAAAGCAGUAAUUUUGAUGAAGUCGUUUAAUUUGAAAGAACAAAAGACGGAUCGUUAAAAUAAACUAAUGAAUUUAAGCUCAUGGUUUGGAUGGUUCCUAACAAAACAGUUUGUGGAAUUAGUGGACUCAUUUCUAUUACUUUAAUUUGCAUAUAUCAUCGAAUAACACCUGAUUAUAUCUGUGGCCUUGUUCUUCAUUUCAGUGUUUAUCAGCUAAACGGAUUUGUUGCUUAUGACGUGUGAAAGUGAUCACGUGCCACUGCCUGGCCUUUUUCCUUCUAAGCUUGUUGUCUUUUUGGCUAUAUUAGACUUUGCAGUAUGCCCAGAAGCUUUCCUUCAUAAAAUAGAAAGAAAAAAACAUUUGGCUUAUUUUUCACUGUAGCUAGUCUUUUAUACAAUAAUCUUGUAAGAAAAUUUCUUGAAUUCUAAAUAUUACUCUUUCUAGAUUUUUGAAAUCGAAAAAGUUUUCAGUAAAAAGUUUCUUACUUUAUUUUACUAUAUUAGGUAGUAAAAAUGUAGGGUUAUUUACCAUAACCUGUUCAUUAAUAUCAGAAAUUUACAAUAGCAUUGUAAGACCAUAGUAGGGUUCUAGCAUACCGUGUAGUACCUAUGGAGUAUUGUAAGAGCUAAUUGUCCGAGAUGAAUUGCUUCUCAUCUUGUUCUCCAGUUUCCAUUGUUGGUUUAUUGCAGAUUUGUACCCUGUGUCAAAUUUCAAGGUAUUGCUGAUAAACCUUUCCAACCAGCAGCAAGAAGUUCAAAAAAUUUCUGUCGAUGUAACAGAAAACACUAUGUAUAUAACAUUUAUGUAGCAAUAAAUGUGCCAUCUUUUUUUAA